AUGUACUAUUAUUUGGUACUAGUACUUUUAGUCUCUUCAAUGUUUACACAUUUGGAUGGGAUUCCUUGUUUCCAUGCGAGGCAUAGAAGAAGUAACACGGUCGGUGUGUGGUGCUGUGAAGGGGAACUUCUUCCCCCUUUGGAUACUGUCUUGGAUUCCCGUCGCUGUGAUGCCAAGUCUAGACUCACAGCAAGGAAUCGUUACUGUAAAGUGUGCAAGACUGCAUUCUGA